AUGCUGCCCACGCCCUUCUCGGUGCGGGACAUCCUCAAGCUGGAGGCUCCCGGCGAUCCCCGAGCGGCGCAGGACGAGCCGCGGCCGCGGAAAUCGCUGCUCGCCCCGAGCUUUGAGGCCGAUGCGGACGCGGGGCAGCCCCGAGAGGCGCCGGGGCAGCGGCGGCGGCGGCGGCCGCGCGUUCUGUUCUCGCAGGCGCAGGUGCUGGAGCUGGAGCGGCGCUUCCAGCGGCAGAAAUACCUGUCGGGGCCCGAGCGGGAGCAGCUGGCGCGGCUGCUGCAGCUCAGCCCCACGCAGGUGAAGAUCUGGUUCCAGAACCGGCGCUACAAGAGCAAGCGGCAGCGGCGGGAGCGGUGCCCGGAGCCGGCGGUGCCCCCGCGCACGGUGCCGGUGCCGGUGCUGGUGCGGGAUGGCGAACCCUGCCCGGGGGGCUCCCGGCCCUUCCCGGCUCCCUGGGGGGCUCCCGGCCCUUUUUCCUGCAGCUCCUGCCCCGGGGGCAGCGCUUGGUGCGGGUUCCCCCCGGUGCCAACCGGUGCCAGCCCCGGCGGUGCCCAGCGCCAGCGGCAGCAGCGGGCCGUGCCCGCGGGGAUCGGCAGUGGCAGCCGGGGAUAG